UAGAAUUUUUAGGGCGCCGGUUUUGUAUGUAUGGGUGCCAGUUGUGUUUCUACUGUAAAGUCCCAGGAUGCCAAAGUCUUUCCGCUAUGAUCUGUGUGACGAUCGUUUAACUACCCGUCAGUAUGAAUAUAGUACUAAUACUUACGAUGGAAGUUAUCAGGCUCGAGAUGAAUAUUCAAGAAAACAAAAAAAGCAUUACCAUCACUCUAAAGAACAUGGUGACCACACAACUAAAUAUUCCAGUCACAAACAUAAAAGAGCAAGUGACUGGUCACCUGAAACCUCUCCAAAUGAUGUCCCAAAAAGAAAGAAAAAGCAUAAAAGACGUUCUCGUAGUCACAGUAGUGACAAAAAACUUCGUGUUUCUAGGCACCAUUCUCCAGAAUGUACGGACAUCAGUUCCUUUAAAUUUCGAUCAAGUCUUAUGUCGGAACUGUCAAAACACCAUAACUUUAAGGAGAAAAUUUUAAAGGCUCAAAACGUUCAUGAGACACAUGAGGUCGAUCACUUUCGUCAAAUUUCAGUUGAACGUGAUGUGAAACAGUCAAACAUAAAGUGUCCCGAUGCUCCGAGAUCUGAAUCUUCCUUAAUCCCAUUAGAUGAGAUAGCUUUACCACCAGAACCAAGCAAAAAGCUAUCUAGUUCGGUUACGUCCUGUAACAACACACCAGUAUCGAAAGAUACGGCAGUGCAAGAACCAUUCAACCCUAAUCAAAACAUAAAAGAUUCACAUGGUGUGGAUAUACCGCAAACUUCUAAGCCAUCAAAAACACAUCAGUUACCCUUACCUACGGAAAAUCUACCUGAGAGUAAAAAACCAUCUAUUACGGAGCUACCGUUACCUCCUGGCUUUGACAGCACUAAUCUAGAUACCAUCCUUCCUAAUAAGUCUCCAAAGCAUUCCGUCCCUGGGUCGAUAGGGAGACCUCUCAUCAGGCAAAGGAUAACUAAGCGUCCCAAAAUUUGCGCACUUAGAAGCAAAAGUCGCAAUAACAAGACGUGGGGAGAGCGUUCCGUGACGGCUUUUGACACGCUCAUUCAAGUUGGUGAAGGUACUUAUGGGCAUGUCUAUAAAGCAAGAGAUAAAAUCACUGGUGAAUACAAAGCAUUGAAAAAAGUUAGGCUGGAGAAUGAAAGGGAAGGAUUUCCCAUAACCGCUGUUCGAGAAAUAAAAAUACUUCGCCAACUCAGACACCCUAACAUUGUUAAUUUAUGUGAAAUUGUUACUGACAAAGACGAUCCUACAGAUUUUAAAAAGGAUAAAGGUGCUUUCUUCUUAGUUUUCGAUUAUAUGGAUCAUGAUCUUUAUGGUAUCUUAGAGUCUGGAUUGGUGACUUUCAGUGAACAGCAUAUCGCUUCCUUGAUGAAACAGCUCCUAGAUGGCCUUAGUUUUUGUCAUGAUAGACACUUCCUUCAUCGUGACAUCAAAUGUUCUAACAUAUUGAUUAACAACAAAGGACAGCUUAAGUUAGCCGAUUUCGGACUGGCACGUUUGUAUAUCGCCGGAGAUAAAGAAAGACCAUACACGAAUAAAGUAAUAACUUUGUGGUAUCGACCACCGGAAUUACUGCUUGGUGAAGAGAGAUAUGGUCCAGCCGUCGACAUAUGGUCUUGCGGAUGCAUUUUAGGAGAAAUGUUUACUCGUCGACCAAUGUUUCAGGCUAGUGAAGAAGUUGAACAGUUAGAAGUUAUAUCACGAAUCUGUGGGUAUCCAGAUCCAGCUAUAUGGCCUAAUGUCGAAAAAUUACCUUUUUAUUCAACAAUUAAACCUAAAAAGAUGUACAGACGCAGACUUCGGGAAGAAUAUCAUAUCAUCCCACCACAUGCUGUAGAUCUCCUCGAUCAUAUGCUUCAGCUGGAUCCCCAAAGGCGAUGCAGUGCACGUGAAGCUCUGGGGUCGCCGUGGUUACGGAAUAUCGACCCAACAAAAAUCUCUCCACCCAGACUUCCCGUUGACCAAGAUUGUCAUGAAAUGUGGAGCAAGAGAAGACGACGGAUGUUGCGUCAUGAGCAAGAAGUAAAGACUCAAAAAAUGGGCUCCGAAACAUCCACUUCCAGGUUUCCAGCCGUCACAUCUCGCACUUCCAUAGUCGAUGCCAAUUCUGUUUCAAAUGGGCCAUCUCUAAACAAAAUAUAUUCCGAAGGCAGUAGAUCUGGGUCAUUUAAACAAAGCAUUCCAAGCAAACACGGUAGUGACGAAUUCCCAAACAGUAGUUUCAAUUCAGACCAACUUCGCCAUCCUCCAAUCUCUGCAAAUCCUACCGAUCCCACCACUAGUCUUAAAAAUCAGCUACGGGACUUAUUGGCAGAUUUUGCAGACUCUGGGAUAGACCGUUUUAAAGAGUCCAUCACUGAAGCGCUAAAAGCAAAUCCUAAUUUACUAAAGGGAAUGCAGGAAUUACUUGGUCCUAGUGACCCGAGUGAAAAUGCUUCAGCUGUUCUCGCAUAUAUUUUAUCGUUGUUGGCAGAUUUAAGUAGUCAGAGCUCAACUGUUAUGGAGAUGAGUGAUGCUAGUAUCCAGACUGCAUCUUCACAAAUCCAUCCUCAACACUUGCCACGUAAUCCAAAUAAUCAAUUAACCUAAUAUUACCACUACUGCCGCCACUACAGCUCUUUCUGAAGAUUCCAGUAUUUUCUGAUGUGGAAGUCAACCCUAUUGUGUGCAUUAUAUAUAAAUAUUUCAGUUUUGUUGUAUUUAAGCUGUAAAAAAAAAAUGAAAUGCUUUAUUGUUUUUGUCAUGUUUAUUUAAAUGAUGUGCUGUUUUUAGAAAGAUAAUGUAGAUAUGAAAACAGACACUUGUGAUAGACAUUAUUCGAAACUUAAUUUUUUACUGAUAAAAUAUUGACUUAAAAAUACAUGUUGUUGCCUGAUA